GCUCCGCGCUAACGGAAACGGAAAUAUAUCAGAGAGCCGGAAGUGCGGCCUACAGGCGUUGCCUUGGUAACCCAUCCUCUGUUUGCGUAACCAUAGCGAGGAGGCCGCCAUGGGGCAGGAUUACUACGCCGUGCUGGAGCUGGGCCGCCAGGCCACGGACGCCGACAUUAAGAAGGCGUACCGGCUGUUGGCCUUGGAGAACCACCCGCAGAAAUGCAGGGAGCCGGAGGCGCAGGAGCGGUUCAGGCUGUUGGCGGAGGCCUACGAUGUGCUGAGCGACCCUGUAAGGAGAGGCAUCUACGAUCGGUUCGGUGAAGAAGGUCUCAAAGGCGGCGUCCCUGUGGAGUCUGGCAGUGAGGAUGCCUGGACUCCUGGUUAUGUUUUCCACAACAACCCCGACAGAGUCUUCAAGGAGUUCUUUGGAGGACACAACCCCUUUGCAGAGUUCUUCACCAAGGAUGGUGUGGAGGCGACGCUGCCCUUUGGAGGGCUGCGAGGAAGAGGUGUGAUGAAGCAGGACCCCCCGAUGGUGUGGGACCUCCAUGUCUCCCUCGAAGACCUUUUCUUUGGCUGCACCAAGAAGAUGAAGAUCUCCCGCCGGGUGAUGAACGAAGACGGCCAAACAAGCACCAUCAGGGACAAGAUCCUGAUCAUCGACGUGCAGCCGGGGUGGAAGCAAGGCACCAGGAUCACAUUUGAGAAGGAAGGAGACCAGGGCCCAAACAUCAUUCCAGCCGACAUCAUCUUCGUUAUCCAAGAGAAACCUCACCCGAGGUUUAAAAGAUCCAACGACGACCUCAUUUACGUGGCCAACAUCCCCCUGGGAAAGGCACUGAUUGGCUGCACAGUGGAAGUGAGGACGCUGGAUGGGCGGCUGCUGAACAUCCCCAUCAAUGACAUCGUGCACCCCACCUACUGCAAAGUGGUGCCUGGGGAAGGGAUGCCGCUGCUGAAGGACCCGCACCAAAAGGGCGACCUCCUCAUCCAGUUCAACGUCUGCUUCCCCAAACGUCUCAGCCCCAACAAGAAGGUGCUCCUGAAGAGAGCGCUGCUGCCCUAAGAGCUGCUGCCACCCCCCGCUUUCCUCCCGCUGAGGCCGCCAGUGCUGAGAGUGAGCUCUCCCCGCUGUUGGGCUGCUCCCCUUUGGCAAGAGCAGAAUCAUUGAGGAAGAGACCACGAGGGCUGGAACCCAACAGCAGCUCCGGACCGGGAGUAAAACCCCACCCUCCCCUCUAAUAAAGAGAAGGUGACAGAACCCCAAGUACUACUG